GUGAGCAGUGGCGCGUCUGAACUGAGUAGAGAGGCGGAGAGGCAAGGGAGUGGGGAGUAGGGUAAAGAGCCAAAGAGAGACCUGAUAUCUACUGGAUGACGGUCAGUUAAUAUUGGUCUACACUGAAUUGACAACCACGGGUAUCACCGAUACAAGCGAUUUGGACCUACCCAAGAUAUGGCUGCCUCUUGGUCUGCUUGAAAAACAAAUGAAGGAAGAUGAUGAUCACGCCCCCCACACACCAUUCUGCAAGCUUUACUGAGGAAACCAUUGAUUCGCCCAAGAUGACAACAGCAGCCGCCUACAACUAGAAGACUCAGAGACCCUGGAGAUGCGCCCCACUUCAGAGAGUAAUCACCUGAAGCCUGCUUCUCCUGUCGCCUGCUCUGGUCCAGUCAUCUGGGGUUGAGUGGACGCUCACAGCCAAGCCUCGCCACACCCCGGUAGAGUUGCAUCUGAAACACCUCACCUUUUCUUAUCUCUGCCCACUGGAAUAAAUGAGUGGACCGGCUGGAGAGGACAGGGCUGGGACAUGUACCAGAACCCACACAGAAUGUCCUGGUUCAGCGGCUUCCUAGUCGCUAGAGUGGAUGACCGUAAGACUGCGUGGGGAGAGCGCAAUGGCAAGAAGUCCAAAAGGAAGGGAGGCUCGUCUCUCUGCAACCCACGUUACAUGAGCUGUCUGCGGGAUCCAGACACCAUGGAGCCCCCUUCUGGAGCCCCCCUCCCCCAGCACCACCGUGGAGGCGGGUCCGGGGCCAUGGGUGGAGGGGGCAACUUUGGCGUUCGCUUCGGCUGGCAGGAGGACCACUAUGGCAAGAGGGGAGGGGCCCCUGGGGAAGGGGUGGGGCUGAAAUCUGUCGAUUUGGGCUUCGAGGAUGGGGACUUGAAGGGGAGGAAGGGGGGGUGUAACGGUGGGCAUGGUGAGGGGGGGGACGAUGGUCCGAAUGGGGGAGGGGGGGUGACCGCUGCAGACUGCUGGCUCAGAGUGGUGCGUGUUUUCCAAUCAAAGAAGUUCCAGUCUUGUAAGCUGGAGCGUCUGUACCAACGCUAUUUCUUCAGACUCAACCAGAGCUCCCUGACCAUGCUGAUGGGCGUGCUGGUCAUUGUGUGUGGCGUGAUGCUGAUCUUCCACUGUGUCCAUGCUGCCCCUCAUGUAGCCUACUCCUCGGCCCUGUCUGUGGCCAUGGCUCUCUUCAUGGCUCUCAUGGUGGUGUGCAACCGCAACGGCUUCCACCAGGACUAUAUGUGGAUGGUCAGCUAUCUGGUGAUCGGGGUGUUGAUUUCAGUGCAGGUGUUCGGGGUCCUGAUGGUGGCCCCUCGGAGCGCCUCUGAGGGGAUCUGGUGGUCCGUGUUCUUCAUCUACAUCAUCUACACUCUACUGCCUGUAAGGAUGAGGGCAGCAGUGUUGAGCGGAGCAGUGCUGUCCACCAUCCACCUGGUCACAACCUGGCAGAUCAACCAGGAAGAUAAAUUCUUCUGGAAGCAGGUGAGUGCCAACGUGUUGAUCUUCUUGUGCACCAACAUCAUUGGCAUCUGUACCCACUACCCUGCUGAGGUUUCCCAGAGACAGGCCUUCCAGGAGACCAGGGGCUAUAUCCAGGCCAGACUGCACCUACAGAGGGAGAACCAGCAGCAGGAGCGCCUGUUGCUGUCUGUGUUGCCAAGGCAUGUUGCUAUGGAGAUGAAAGCUGACAUUAACGCAAAGAAAGAAGACAUGAUGUUUCAUAAGAUCUACAUCCAGAAGCACGAUAACGUUAGUAUUCUGUUUGCAGACAUUGAGGGCUUCACCAGCCUGGCCUCUCAAUGCACUGCUCAAGAGUUAGUCAUGACACUCAAUGAGCUUUUUGCUCGCUUCGACAAGCUGGCAUCGGAGAACCACUGUCUGCGUAUCAAGAUCCUGGGGGAUUGUUACUACUGUGUGUCUGGGCUGCCCGAGCCCAGGGCCGACCACGCUCACUGCUGUGUGGAAAUGGGCGUUGACAUGAUAGAGGCCAUCUCGCUGGUGCGAGAGGUGACCGGGGUCAACGUGAACAUGCGUGUGGGCAUCCACAGUGGGCGUGUGCACUGCGGGGUGCUGGGACUCAGGAAGUGGCAGUUUGACGUAUGGUCCAAUGAUGUCACGCUAGCCAACCACAUGGAGGCCGGGGGCAAAGCAGGACGUAUUCACAUCACCAAGGCCACUCUGCAGUACCUGAACGGGGACUAUGAGGUGGAGCCAGGCUUCGGAGGCGAGAGGAACGCCUACCUGAAGGAGAACAACAUUGAGACCUUUCUGGUGCUGGGCUGCAGCCAAAAAAGGAAAGACGAGAAGGCCAUGAUGGCUAAGAUGCAGCGGACACGGGCCAACUCCAACGAGGGUCUGAUGCCUCGCUGGGUGCCUGACAGAUCCUUCUCCAGGACCAAGGACUCCAAAGUCUUCAGACAGAUGGGAAUUGAUGAGACAUCCAGCAAAGACAACCGCGGCAUUCAGGAGGCAAUGAACCCAGAGGAUGAGGUGGAUGAGUUCCUGGGACGAGCCAUUGACGCCCGCAGCAUCGACCAGCUGAGGAAAGACCAUGUCAAGAAGUUCUUGCUCACCUUCCAGACCCCUAGCCUGGAGAAAAAGUAUUCAAAGAAGGUGGAUGAUCGUUUUGGGGGAUAUGUGGCCUGCACUCUACUGGUCUUCUGUUUCAUCUCCUUCAUUCAGAUUGUCAUCUUUCCACAUACACCAGUCAUGCUGGGAAUCUACAUCAGUAUCUUCAUCAUCCUUGCCAACAUCCUCUUCAUCUGUGCCAUAUACUCUUGCAUAAAGCUUUUUCCAGCUGCCAUGCAGACAGUGUCAAAGAAGAUUGUCCAGUCCCGCACCAAGAGCACACUUGUCGGGGUGUUCACUAUCAUCCUUGUCUUCAUCUCUGCCUUUGUCAACAUGUUUGCCUGUGACACAGAAAGCUUGGCGGAGUGCGUUGCCCGGAAGCUAAACACCUCUGUUGCCAUGGUGACGCCCUGUCUAAUCCACAGCUUGAACGUGUCUGUGGAUGGGGGUCUGGAGAUGUGCCCUAGCGAUGGCCCCUCCUGCCCCUUCCCAGAGUAUUUCAGCUACAGUGUGCUGCUGACGCUGCUGGCCUGCUCAGUGUUCCUGCAGAUCAGCAGCAUUGGCAAGCUGGCCCUCAUGCUACUGAUCCAGCUCACCUUCCUGCUGCUGGUGGAGUGGCCACAAGUGGCGCUGUUCGACAACGCCGACCUCUUUGUCACCUCCAAUGCCAUUGAUUUAAGUGAAGCUACUCAGCGGUCCAGUUUCAAUGAAACUACAGACCAGUGCCCAUUCAGUGAGACCAAAGUGUCCCUGAGGGUCAUGACCCCAGUGAUCCUAACAGUGUUUGUGCUGGCGCUGUACCUGCACGCCCAGCAGGUGGAGUCCACAGCACGCCUCGAUUUCCUCUGGAAACUACAGGCCACUGAGGAGAAGGAGGAGAUGGAGGAGCUGCAGGCCUACAACCGGCGCCUCCUUCACAACAUCCUGCCCAAGGACGUGGCCGCCCACUUCCUGGCGCGCGAACGCCGCAACGACGAGCUGUACUACCAGUCGUGCGAGUGCGUGGCCGUCAUGUUCGCCUCCAUCAGCAACUUCUCUGAGUUCUACGUGGAGCUGGAGGCCAACAACGAGGGGGUGGAGUGUCUCCGGCUGCUUAACGAGAUCAUUGCUGACUUUGACGAGAUCAUCAGCGAGGAGAAGUUCCGUCAGCUGGAGAAGAUCAAGACCAUCGGCUCCACCUACAUGGCCGCCUCCGGCCUCAACGACUCCACCUACGACCGCGAAGGCCGUUCCCACAUCCUGGCCCUGGCUGACUACGCCAUGCGCCUCAGGGAGCAGAUGAAGUACAUCAACGAGCACUCAUUCAACAACUUCCAGAUGAAGAUAGGUCUGAACAUUGGGCCAGUGGUUGCUGGGGUAAUUGGUGCUCGGAAACCACAGUAUGAUAUCUGGGGGAAUACAGUCAACGUGGCUAGUCGUAUGGACAGCACAGGAGUCCCCGAUCGCAUUCAGGUGACCACAGACCUACACCAGGUGCUUGAAGAUAAAGGGUACAUACUUGAGUGUCGUGGAGUUGUGAAGGUCAAAGGUAAAGGGGAAAUGACAACCUACUUCCUGAAUGAAGGACCACCCAACAGUUAGCAGCCAUGGCCACUGGAGCUGGGAAGAUUCCCACUGCAAGGACAGCACCACUGAGGGAGGACUCACAUCGCAAACCAAUGGCUAACAACUAACAAUGCCAUCUCAAGAAAACUGAGCAAAGAAGAAAAGACUUUGAGACUCCACGACUUCAGAAGGAAAAUGUUCUUGCUGAGAAGGAAAGGGAUGUGUGACACAGCCGGGUCUUGGCCCACAUACAGUACACAUUAAAGGACAAGUGAUUUUCUCUUGUCGAGCCUCUCUCUCAGGCUACUUGAAAGAUGCAAAGUCUGUUUAUUUAAAACAAAGCCUUUAGCCUGUGUCAAAAGAAGAUAAACGCUGUACAAAAGGCUACUUUUUUGACCUAUUUUGUGUGAUUUUUUCAGUCGUUUUUAUUUCAUGAGUAUUAUGAAGCAGGUACUCAUGUUUUAUUUCUGGAUUACUUAUUUAUUUUGAAAUAGAUGUUUUGUGCAAAAAGUCCUUUAUAAAAAAGUGUGAAUACAUACUUGCACAAAUAUCCAGUUUAUUACACGUUUAUAAGUGUGUAUGUACAUGCAUAUUUGUGUGUGUAUGAAUAUGUGUUUAAAUUGAGAAGGAAAAUAUUGACCAAAGACCAAAGUAUUUACUAAAAACUAGGCAAGACAUGUUUGUUAGGUUCUCACAAAAGUCUGCAAAGUUCAGUGACCACCAACUCAAUCUGUUACACGGCAGACAGUACCCUUCUUUCAGUGCUGUCAGCAGAGUUGCAGAGUUUGAACAAAAUACGUCAAAUUACUUUUUCAGUCAUCUGGCACAGUACAGUAUAUUGUCAACAGCUUCUCCAGGAUUAUUCUCUGUCUCUUUCAUUUUUGAAGAGAAGAUUAGAAGUCUUUAUUCAGCUCAGCUCUCAGGGGACAGGAUAUAGCAUUUGCACCCUGGAUUUGACCCCGCCCACCAUAAGAGGCAGGAAAUACAGUAGCUUCUUUGACUAUGAUAAUUUAUUUUGAAUUGCUCCGCCCCUUUCUAAAAAAAAUUGGGGGGCAAACCGAAAUGAGGGACUCUGAACCAGGAGAAGGUUUCCGGUACCACCUAUCUAGGGAAGCCGUGACAAUGAAAACAGUGGUACCAGACCAACUCACAGGUCUGAAUCGCUAGAGAAUCUUUUCUAAAGAAAGAAUGAUAUAUAUAGAUAUAUGUAUAUAUAUAUGUACAGUAUAUACAUAUAUACAUAACAUAUAUACAUAUUUAAAUAUAUGUAAAGAUAGAUGGAGAGAUAAUGACUGAAUACUGUGCUUUGUAAUUUUGAAGGGGCAUAACUAUUUUCACUGUGAGGUUUAUAUGAUACGACAAACUGCUUUCUUGCCAAACCUAACUGCUCUAAAGCAUGUCUGAUUGUGGUAUCCUGUUUUCAUUUAUGUUUGUUUGUUUUAACGUUGGGUAUUUUGUAUGACCUCUGUAUCCAUCAUUUGUAUAUUCUUAUAGUUGUUAUUAUUAUUCUGAUUCUGGUUAAUUAAUAUGCUGAUUAUAAUGAUUCCAUUCCAAUGAUAAGGAACAAAGACCAGCACGCUUUCAUGUAAAAUGCCAGACCUAAGCUCAAGCUCAUUGGUACCAACUGAUCAACUGCAGCCAAGCCCUCUUCUGUCUCCUUGCCAUUAAGUGACCAGUUAACACAUGCAGUAUACAGAUUACCCACAGUACCGUUUACCCAGAACACACAGCUGCAGUAUUACACAUCUCAGUCAGGUAGGUGUUGAUGCCUUCCUUUUCAGGGUUCACACCUAUCCUGAGAUACCGAGCAUUGAUACCUCUACGGUAGUCUCCUACUAUGAGAACUGGACUGGAAAGAAUACAAUCAUGAAAUGCCUGAUUGUUCUGUAUUCCAUUCAGUGCUUAAAGGGGACUGGAAAAAAAAUCCCUGCUUUAUGAUUUGAUUGCCUUAAUAGAACAAAUCACACAGCAGGAAAAGGAGCAAUGCCUGAUCCUCUGAUCAGCCAGACAGUAAGAAAGACAUGAAGGAGAGAAGGUGGUUUGUGAAAUCAGUUCAAACCUUCUCCCACCACCUGUCAACAUCCCCAGUCAGAAGCAACUUGUCAUCCAGUACCCUGGUUGACAGUGGCAACUUACAGUUGAUCAUGUUUGUACCAAAGCCAGCUCAUGCAGCCUUGUGCUAUUGGGAACGCCAGGGAACAGUCAUGGGUGAUGGUCAGAGAUAUGACCAAUGAAGAGCAAUUCACAUAGUUAAACAAAAUCUUAGAAUGAACAUGUUUUUUCAUGACAAUGUGCAUUGUAUUGAUUCUAUUUCCUGUUCUGUCUUUGGAGUUGGGUAGAUGGCUGACUCUAGGGGUGUUUCUGGGAACAGAGGAGAGUUGUUCUAGAACUACAGAAAGUGUUCUGCUCAGGCCAGAUGAAUCCUAUCCUAUUAUUUUUAUUUGUUUGUAUUUUACCUGUUGAAAGAUUUUAAAAGGGGACUGUUGAAGUAUAUGAAAAGUUGAGGACUAUGACAAAGAGAAACAUGACAUUUCCCCUUGAAAAAUAAAAGAUCAAUGGCU